CGUGCACAGUGAAGCGGCGCCAAGCUUCAGCCGCAGGCAGGUCAUUCGCGAAUGUGUUCAGCUUCACUUUUAAAAAUGGCCGCGACUUGAUGUAAAAGGUCUGGUUACGGCUGCUCCGGGUUCAUUUUGGUGGUAUCGAAAUUACUAGUUGUAGAGCUGCAACAGCCGGAGCACAUAGCAACGAUGAGGUCAGGAGAAGAUAAGCUACCGCGAAUAAGCUACACCGUCAAUGGAAUUAACCAAGUCACGUCCAUGACGGUAGAUGCCAGAAGCAGCCCAGGCUUCGAGAACCUGCCCCCGGAGCUCAGAGAGAUGCUCAGUGGGCAGCAAACGGAUAUGCAGACGUUUGUACAAAAACUCACCGCACCGGCAACCGAAGCCAUGGCACGCUCUCAGCAAGCCAUGUCCCGACUGGCCUACGCCGGCCAUCUAGGGAAUGCUGUGGACCUGGACACUAUAUUUUCGCAUUUGAAGCUUCUACAUGCUAUACAAAUGUUAAAGGAAGACAUUGGCUACUCGAAUGGGCUGUGGAAUAUCUGGGAUGCAGAAGCCCUGGCGAUGCCAAAGGCAGACGAAGCCAGCAAGGCGCAUGCUCUCAGCAGACUUCGAGAAAAGAGGUGGGCAAUCUUUGUAGCGCGAGCGGUUGAUCGCUACGAGGCUUGGUGGCGAACUCUUCCUAGUGACAUGCUGCAGCAGAGAGAUGUGGCAAGCCCGGAUAGCCCGAAAUUCAUGGGAUACAUGCUAGGCGAUCAAGGCAUGACAUGGACAGCAGAUAUGCUGCCACCGCUCGAUGUUUUAAUGGCCAUGCAUUCGCAUAUGCUGAAUCCACACUCCUUUCUCGAGGACACAAUGCGUCAAGGGCUUAGAGCACUUUGGGCUUCUGGAUUGCCAUGGAGGCUCUUGAACAGCGUCAUUGCCAAAGACUCUCGUUACACCGUCACAGAAGAGACCAAAGCUCACUGGGUGGCUCGAACAGGCCGGAACUGGGAUAAUACAGAGGACCCCUCUACAAAACAGAUUCAGUGCCCCUUCUGCCCUGCGCAGAACCACGUUCCAUGGACAACGUGUGGACGCGCCGAAGCCGACGUAUACAGAGCUCCGGCAUCUGAGCUCCAGCUGAUUGGCAAUGGCUACGGAGAUGGCCAGUUCUUCCACACGUGUCCAUCAUGCGGCCAACAAAACUACAAAGAGUUGCUCCCAGUGACACGGUUUAUCCACGAUGUCGAUUUGUUGCUCCGAUACUCGGUGCCAAUGCCCGGGACAAUCCUUACGCCGUUCCUCGGCACCCCCGGACUGAGCGACACAGAGUCAGGAUCACAAAGCUUUUCCAAGGUAUUUCCUAAUCGAAUGUUGGCUAGACACGAAGAACUACGUAAUGCGGUUUGCAAUCUUUUGCGUCCACUAAGUGCCACAGCGAACCGUGGGCGUCUCGGCAUGGAGACGAUCAAGCAACUGAUCGAGCGCAUAACGACGAACCCAGCAGAACUCUGCAAGAUCGAUGGCGUGCCUUUUACGCGAGACUACAAGAGUCUCCCUAGAACUGCGCAGCUAGCGACACGCCAAAUGAUGAGCCGCUACUGGGGCAACUUGUCGAUCUUUGCCCUGGAUCUAUGUGGCGCCGUGAUGCGCCAAGGAAGCUUCAUCGAGAAAAUGGUGCGGCUCGACUGGCUGCACAGCCCGUCAGGCCAACAUACUGCGAACCGCAUUAUUAUCAAGUACGGUAGAUUCCUGCAGGUUAUGAAAAGGUUCCCCAGAAUACUGGCCGUUCCGACUCUGGACGUGGACCUGGCCUGGCACACGCACCAGCUUAACCCUGGCCAUUACUAUCUAUACACGCUGAGGGAAGUGGGAAAGUUUAUCAACCACGAUGACAAGGUCGGAGAGACCAAGCUAAGUGAGGCAUUUGCGAGGACUAGCCGGAUAUAUCAGACCCUCUUUCGCGAGGCGUAUAAUGAGUGUACCUGCUGGUACUGCGAAGGUAAAGGCAUCUCCAGCCCCCAAUGGUCCUAACAGGCUUACAUUGUCCCAUGAGUGAAGAUAUUACCCGAGAUUGUUAAAUUCUACUACUAACACGUUCUAUAGCGACCCGACCUUUCCAGGAAUCCGGAAUCCGACGUGUACUAGGGUUGUUUGGCAAGGCAAACGGAGCCGGCUCGGUUCCCGGAAGCACAUCAACUGCAGGUCAGCCACCACUUACAUCGCCGCAUAUAUCUGCGCACAUAUCUGCCCAUAAUGCCGUUCAGAUUUCAGACAGCAGUCGUUCAACAGUGCGAGCGGCUGCGCGCGCCCGCCAUCAGCAGCAAUUAGACGAGAGCUACCGUAGGGCAAAGAACCGGGCAGCGAAAAAGGGCCGCCAGCUGCCGCCACAGGGUGAGUAUUAUAACCACUGGGGUUAUUCAUACUACGUGUACGGCCCCUUUGUACACCCUACCUAUCUGUGCCCGGCCAUGUAUAACGGCUCAGACCCGUGUACUCUAACGACUGACUCGGCCAAUUGCGCCGCCGGGACUUGCACGGCCGGAUUUCUUUCACAAGGAGGGUGCUCGAGAGGCUCAGGCGGAUCUGGAGGUGGCAGCAGUUGCGGAGGAGGAGGAGGAGGUAGCGUAUGUGGCGGGGGAGGGAACUGUGGUGGAGGAGGAGGAUGUGGUGGCGGAGGGGGUGGUGGAGGAGGAGACGGAGGCUCGUAAUGGGUAAAGCGGAAGUGAUAGCUUGGUUAAGAGAAUUCUGGUUAUGGAUCUCGCCAUUUUGACAUGGCCGUGUAAGUGACUAGCUCACUAUAGUAUGAUUCGGGGAAUAACAUGUCCGCGAAUUCCUUCUAAUCGCCCUUGGCGGGACGCUCGAAAAACUUGACAAGCUCCCAAUAUUCAAGAUACCAUCUGCUCUCUUCCCAGUCAAUAAUAACAGAGAUCUUAGCGUCUUGAAUAAGAAUAUUUCUUGGUGUUAGACCUCCAUGAGUGAGAUCGAUCCGAUGGUCUGUUUGUAGCUGAGCCCGGAACGCAGCACGCAGUCGAGACGGAAUCUGUCGCUAAAGCGAGGAAUCCAAGUAAUUAUUGAAUUCUUCUUCAUUAGUACAAACCGGUCCAUGGUACGUGAAGCGGAUUCGAGUGUCCCGGAUUCCACUGUUGUCGCAGCAGCCAAUGUAGUUUGGUGGAGGCUCGAGCUCCCGCAUUUGUUGGAUUAUAUGGCCAAGUUGCUCGGCAAUAUUCUUCUUUUAAUCGGCAGACAUGUCUGGCCAUAGUUUUUCAAGGGCUUCCCCUUGACAAUAGCCCAUACAUAUUCUCACUUCUCUAUCGCUGCUGAUCACGUCGUCUACAAGAGGAACGGGAAGUCCUCCCUUGUGCGCGACCUUGAGAGCCGCAGCCUCCCCAGAAAUUACAUGCGCGCCGCAUUUGACAACAGUGCUGUUUGACUCAAGUAUAACCUUACGCUUUGGACUCUUAUGCAAAAUCGUGACACCUGAAAGGAGUGGGAUAAAAAGAAACCUGGGACUGACCAUGUUGGGCAAACUGACCUGGCUCAAGGUCAACUUCAGAUUGACUUGCAUCUGAAAGACUAGCCUCGGUAGCAUUUGAUGUCUGAAUUUUCCUAGACAUGAGCAAAAUUAAAUUACGCAUAAUGAAAAUAAUAUACAACACGUAACGGAGUUUUAGUGGA